AUGCCCGCUCAGUGCGACCACUCAGCGCGGAGUCUACCUCGACGGAAGACCCCUCAACCACCCUUACCAUGCUCCCAACUCCCCGGCGCCAACGACACCGUCGUCGUGCUCAAAACCAGCGCCGCAGAAAUCGAAGCCCGCCUCCCAAUCCACCUCUCCACGACACUGCUAUGUUACCCCCAUGCGAUCAUUUUCUCAGACUACGCCGAGAACUUCGAGGGGUAUCCCGUCUAUGACGCUCUCGCGAGCGUGGAUCGCCGGAUCAAGGACCACCAUCCGGAUUUCGAACUCUGGCGACGAUUACAGCGCGACGGGCCUGAUGGACUCGAGGACGAGGAACUCUGGGAUGCGGAGACGACAACGAGGGGGGUGGACAAGUGGAAGUAUCUGCCUAUGCUGGCGGAGGCGUUUGCGAAGUUCCCGGGGAAGAAGUGGUUUGUGCUAUUGGAGACGGGGACGUUUGUUCUUUGGGGGGAGGUGUUGCGGUUUUUGGGGAGGUGGGAUUCGGAGCGGAUGUGGUAUUUUGGGGAUGAGGGGGUGGAGGGGGAGGUUGUGUUUGCGAGGAAGGGGGCGGGCGUUGUGCUUUCGUGGGCGGCGGUGCGGGCUUUGGUGGAGUUGUAUGCGGAGACGAGGGCGGCGUGGGAGGCGUAUACGGAAAUGCAGACGGCGGGGGAUGUGGUGCUGGCGCAGGCACUGAGUGAGGUGGGUGUGGAAGUUACGCCUGCGUGGCCGGUUUUCCAGAGUCAGAGGCUGGCGGAUGUGCAGUAUGAUCAAGUGUCUGAGGGGAGGAGGUUGUGGUGUUCUCCGACGGUUUCUUAUGGUGGAGUUGAAAAGGGGAAUGUGGAAGAGUUGUGGAAGUUUGAGCAGGGGUGGAUGAAGGAAAACCCCGAUCAACCCCUCCUUCAUCAACACAUCUUCACCUCGUUCAUCCUCCCUCGCCUUGUCAUGCGCUCCGGCCGCGUCGACGAUUGGGAUAAUCUCAGCAACGACUCUCCGACACCCGCAGCCAACAUCGACGAGUGUCGGGGGAUGUGUGUGGAGGAUGAGAAGUGCGUGCAGUAUUCUUUCACCAAUGGGAGGUGUAGGCUUUCGCGGACGCCGAGGAUGGGGGAGUUCAAGAGAGGGGUGGAGAGUCGGUGGUUGCUUGCUAGAGUCAAGAGAUGGGGGGAGGAGAUGGGGGAUUAUAGUGAGGUUCAGGGGUGCCUGACGGAUGAUGUGUACUCGUAG